UCAGUACACGUGGAAUAGUUAUUCUGUAUCAUCACAUAUUUGUUUAAUCAAGCUAAUAUUUCAUCUGCCUCAUUGGAGUGAUAAUGUGAUGAGAACAAACUCAAACUAUUGAAAAUGAUCAACCUAUUCAUUUCUGAUGAAAGAGCUAGCUGAGGGCUUUAGACUUUUUUUUAAAGCACACAAAGAUUUGUUCUAUUUUCUAAACAUUAGUUUUUGCAGAAAGAAAAGAAAAUCUCCACUUUAGGCAAAAACAUCUUUUGGCACCACAGAAUUCACUUACAAGUUUCAACUUUCUGUUCUUGAGAAGAGCUGGUAGAAUUGGCUACAGAAGUUACUUUGCUUCCAUGGGCUUCUUGCAUCCUCUGCUUCAUUUGCCUUUCUAAGGACUCAGUGUAGAAGAUCUUGCUUCCUCCAAGUCAGACAAUCAUCCCAAAAUCCUGAGGAAAUGGACUUCUCUGGCUGUGCUUUAGUGAAGAAAGAAAAUGCAACUGAAUACCGCCACAGGGAAACAGAGUUCAACACUUCCUCAAAUUUGGAUGAUGCUUCUUUGUACUAUUUGCUGGAGGAAUGGGCUCUCAACCCAUCAGGCACAAACAUGAAGAUGUUUUUAAUCCCUCCAGUUGUCUGCCUCAUGGCAGGUGUCCUCAUCAUUCCUACCAUCUUGUUUGUGAUCUUCUCUACGUUUAGCAUCCGUCAGGAAACAAGGUACCUGCUGCUGGGAAAUGCUCUGCUUUCUGAUCUGAUAUACCUGUUGUUCUACACGCUGUCAGCUGCUCUCAAUGCAGCACAUGUACAUCUCCCGAAGGAAGCUUGUGUCCUCCUAUUAUUUUUGCUGGCAGUGGCUUACUGUGGAGGAUUGUUCACAGCUGCUGCAAUAGUCUUGGACACAUACAUAGCUAUUUUGUUUCCUUUGCGCUACAUUGCUAUUUUGCCUCCUUCACGAACUAAAAAAAUUAUUGUAUUACUAUGGAUGUGUUCUGGGGCUUUCCCUGGGAUUUUCUUCUUGGUGCUAUCAAGCACUCAUAGCUUUGUACCCUGUGUUCUGGAAAUGUGCUCGGUUCCAGUAAUACUAAUAUUAACUCUGAAUGGGACUGAUGCUGUGAAACUCUGUUUCUGGCUUUCUACCACGGUUAUCUUUCUCUGCCUGUCUCUAAUAUUUUGUUGCUAUGCUAUUUUGUAUUUUAAAACCAAACAAUCGGGUAUAUGGGAAAGCAUCUGCUCCAGAGCCAGUGUAACAUUUUUAAUGCACAACACUGUGUUAUUUUUUUACUUCUUUCCACUCUUGGCCCUUUUUGUAGAAUCGUUCUUGUGCAUUAAUGUUGUCAUCAGACUGCAGACAGGAAUCUGGGUCUCCCUGACAGUCUGCAAUGUCCUGAUGAUUCUGCCUAAAGUUUUGUUCCCUUUUCUGUAUGGGCUUCGAUACAGAGAGAUCUCAGCAUCUCUCAAAUCCAUUGUCAGAAGGAAGCAUCUUCUCCUGGUGUCACCUGCUCCAUCACCAUCCUGAGCCAACGCAGAGCACAGCCACA